AAACAAGUGUAACAUAAAAUGCCUAGAUCUAAACGUUCCAAACUCGUAACAUUGGCACAGACCGAUAAGAAAGGCAAAGAGAACAAAGAAAGAAUCUUUGAUGAAGUGAGAAGUGCAUUGGAUGAGUUCAAAUAUGUGUUUGUCUUAAGGUUAGACGAUGUUCGUACUCCAGUUUUACAAGAAAUCAGAAGUGAUUGGGCAGGAUCUAGAUUAAUCCUCGGUAAAAGAAGAGUAUUAGAAAAGGCUCUUGGUGAUACUACAGCUGAAGAAUAUAAAGAUGACUUGCAUCAAUUAUCCAAAUUAUGUGAUGGUGUGGUUGGGUUAUUAUUCACUAAUGAAGAAAUCAACACUGUCGAAGAUUAUUUCAACGCAUACACCAAACAAGAUUACUCCAGAGCCAAAACUAGAGCCCCUAUAGAUUUCACUAUACCUGAAGGAAUUGUAUAUUCCAGAGGAGGCCAAAUAUCUAUCGAAGAAGAUGUUACUAUGUCUCAUUCCUUAGAAGAGACUUUGAGAAACAAAUUCAAGAUUCCAACCAAGAUGAAGUCUGGAGAUGUAUUGGACGUUAGACAAGCGCUUAUUUUGAAGCAAUUUGGUAUUGCCGCUUCUGAAUUCAAAGUCCAAAUGUUGGGUUAUUAUGAUGGAGAAAACAAUAAGGUUGAAAAGUACUAGGGUACUAGCAAGUUUAUUUCGAUGAAUUGUAUUAAACGAAAAAAGAGUAUUAUACACCAGUUUAUAUAAAAAUACACAGAUGGGCAUGAAUCCUUUCAUAUUAAACACCGUAGUGCUGAACUUGGAAUCACAAGUCACUCGCUGACCAUGGAUUGAACGCAUAAGACUUUGGCAUUUCCAUUACCAAUGUUAAUUAUGCCGUAAGUGUUUCCACGAGGGACUUGGAAAGUGCAACCCCUCGUAACCACAAAUGUGUGAUUGGAGAGAUUGACCUCAAGAAGGCCCUUGAUAACGUGAAAUACGUAAAUGCAAUUACCACUAUUCUUGCUGGAUUUGAAUCCUUCAACAGGAAAUUCAAAGAGGGCUCCGGCAACAGGAGAAUUAUCUUUGAACACAGUUGCCAACUUAUAAUUAUCAAUAGAAGAACCAGAUGAUUCAGGGGGAUCUUCAAGCCACUUUGAGAAGUUGUGUGUAAAGGCAACAGGUUGGGUUUUAGUGGAUUCGGAAUCAUUUGAUUCGUAAACUGGUAACAGCAAAGAGUUAUCUUCGAACCAUUCGCUUCCCAGUAUUCCAGGAUCAGAUUCAUAAUCGUAAUCAAGUUCUGUAGGAGCUUGUUUGGCUGAGUUUGAUGGUGAAUCCGAAACUGAAGAUGAUUUCUUUGUCUUGUUUCUUCUUGAUGUACUCUUAGAAGUUUUACCUCGUGCAAAUGAAGUAGUUGGUGCCGGUACGUGAAUGAUCUCUUUAAUUUCUUGGAGGGGGAUAUUGUGAGUAUCUCUUACAAGUGUUAUAUCCGGAUCGGCUUCAUCAUCAUAUGAUUUGGAAUAGAUAACACGCUCGUUCCUCCAGAAUGCCAACGGCUGAAUCUUUGUUCUUCUGCUUCGCCUGAGCCCAUCUGGGGGUGGAGAUGGAAGUGGAGAUGGUCUGAUCGACACAACCACAGGAGCUGGGGUGACCACCGGAGUUCUCUUACGAAUUCGUUUCGAGUUAGUAGUACGGCCCAAUGCC